AUGGCAGAUCCAGCCAGUCAGCUAACACUCUCACAAGAGAACAAUCUGUUAAACAUCUUGCACGAAGCCGCUGAGAAACUGAGAGUUUUACACCCAGCGAAAGCAAGAGAAGACACAGGCCAUAGAGAUUCAGCUGGACUUCACACAAGGCUUUUCCAGGUCCUCAGGACGUUUUGUGAGGUUCACACCCAAAGAGUGUGUGUGCUGAGAGAGAUUCUUUGCGGUACAGCAAGCACUCUCACCAGGCAUAGGAUGUGCUCUAAUUUGGCACACACACUCCCAGACACAGAGUCUCAAGAGAAAACAGUUGAUGUGGAUGCUUCCAAUAGAUCCCACUUUUACCAAGACCAUGUGACUGAUGUCAUUCUUAAUGUCCUGGAAGAUGUCCACGUCAUUGUAAACCAUUUCAUUGUAAUGAGCAAGAGACUUGACACUGGUAUUGCUUUUCUUACUGAAGUCAGUGAAGAGAGAGGUGUUCUCACCAGUACUGGACCUCUGGAUACUGCAGACCACAUAAAACCAGAAUCAUGUGACAUCAGUAUUCCACUGGACCAGCAUCCUGAAGAUCACUGGCUUGCAAGUGUGCAGUCAACAAGGCUUUCAGAUCCAGUGAAGCGCUGCAAUGUGUGUAUGGAUGACAGAAACACGAGUGAAGAGAGCUCACGUGAGGAAAGAGUCCACUCACCAUAUAAAACUAUGGUGAAUGACUGCAAAAACUCUCUGAACAUGAAUGGUAAGGUGGAAGAAGAAAAAGAGCAAGAGGAGAAAGAGAAAAGCAGUGGAGAAGGCUGUGAAAGAUUGAAGCGUACAUUGGUAACUGUUGGUCUGGGCAAUGCUCAGGAAAUUCAGGGUCUGUAUAAAACCCUCGCAGGUCUCCACGUCUUCCGUUUCCACGGAAAUAAUACUGAAUUCAGCAUUAACAAGUGUAUUUUGGUAACAUGCAGGCUUGCAGACAGCGCCAGAUCUUCAGAGUCACCCAGAGUCUGCUAUAUAACCGCCCCAUCAGAGGUUGUGAACAUCUUGUCUUGUGAGGUGGUUGAUGGUCUGAGUUCUCUCAUGGUGUCAGGAUCAGAGGAGCUAGUCAGCACUGUUCUCCGCAUACAAAACUCCAGCCAUGUCAAAUGUCCCUUCCCACUCACCAUAGCAGUGCCGUUCCAGGCGAGUUACCGUGGGAACUACAGAGAGAUCACCGUGAAAGUGGUGGAUCCAGAGCAGAGAGUUAGCUAUAUCACACCUACAUCUACUGAAGGCUUCUAUGGAGGACAAAGGGGUUGGUUUGCAGUGGUGCGGGUGUACUCUCUGGGUGUGUUUGCGGUUCUGUCCCGUUUGAGGACGGAGAGUUUUACAGUCCCUAGGACAGGAUUGUCCCACAAGCUCAGUGUGGACUCCAGAAUAUGCCUCAACUACUUGCCUGGAUCCUUCACCGCACCAGUUGUCGCUCAAGUGACGGUACAGCCAGUGGAUGCCUUUGUUUUAUCCUCUCUUAAAUCCAAGAAUGAUUCCUACCACGCUGCUCUCUCAUCAACCCCCUUACUUUACAUAAGCCAUCCAUCAAGCCUGAAACUCAGACGACCUUUGACACUUAUCCUGCCAUGUCCACCUACUAUCUCUGAGAAGAAAAGAGCUGGAGAAGAUACUGACAGACCCACUCUUAUAUCAGGCACUUUCUCACCCCUGCAGAUUAGAGUUGAUGGUGCCUCAGUAAAGACUCAUAAAGAGCGUAAAGAGCAGCUGGCAGUGCUGGGCAGAAUAGAGAACCGUUGGAAGGUUCUGGAUAAAGUCAGUGUGAAGAACCUACAGAACAGCUUGGUCUGUUUUGAGCUACCAGAAAGCUACGAAAGGUUAAUAGUCCUUCGCAUUCAGUCCUCUGUAAAAUCUUCCUACCUGACUUCCUUAGUUGAAGAACUGGAAGAAGCUGUAAAGAUCUUCUCGGUCACUGUUGUGCUCCAUCACGAGCGUCUGGACCCCAGCAGCGUGGUUGUGGCCACCCUGCCCAGCAGAGAUGUUAGCGCUGCGCUGUGUGAACUCCAGGCCCUGGGUUACUGUGGCCCUCCAGAGCCCUCGUCUGAACUCUCCAUGAGGGAGGGAGAACAGCUGCUGCUCCGGUUCAGCGGGAAUAUUACCUGCAAUGGCAUGCAUCAACUUAUCCAACAUGUGUACUUGUUUCUGUGUGUGUCUGUUGGAGAUCCCAUAGGUAAUGAAGAAACAGAUUCACACAUAAUCACAUUCCACAACCAAAGAAGAAACCGGCUGUAUUUGAGAUUGAAAGAAGUGGACCCCUUCGGCAACUACAGCUCUCUUCACUACAAAGGCGUAACCAGUUUAUUCAAGGUCACCAAAGGUCAGCUGGUCUGGAAUGGUGACAGGGCAGCCGUGUCUAAGGACUGUCCUCUAGAAGAGCCUGUCUGCCGGAUGACGCUCACUCUGCCCAAGAGUGCAAGAACAGUCUGUCAGCCUGUGAGUGUGAAGUUAAUACAGCACAGUCAAACAGACCCUCUCUCAGAUGAGCUGUUAUCGUGGCUCUGUGAUGAGCUCACUGAAGACGAUGCAGCGCUUCUCUUUAUGUCUCUCCAUCUCCGUCGCUCUGCUGUCCAGAUCGCCCGACUCCGUGCACCACACAGCCUCUCAGAACAGGCCUUUCACAUUCUGACGGCGUGGAGGCGCGGCCUUCCUUCCUCAUCUGCGAAAUGCCCCAUCCUGGCCCACUGCUUGACCCGCGCAGGGAGGCCUGACCUUACCAGAGAGCUACUGCUCAGGGAAGCUGCAGAUUACAAAACGGAGGAGAGAAAAGCGAGAGAAACAUGAAAACCAGGCCACCAGGAGAGACCCAUGACCGUGAAUAUCCCUUUAUUACAUUAGAAAUGUAGGGGCUGUUGUAUUGUAGUAGUGAGUUGACAGGAAGAAAUUAUAUAUUUGGCUUUUUAUAUACUAUACAGUAU